UUGACCAGAGAUGAUGUGGCUUUUAUAACAGCUCGACUCCAAAUGACAGAUCUUCAGUAGUAAAAUGUCGCUUCCAGAGACCUGCACCCUGUUUUCGUUUGGUUGCUCAUGAAAAGGGAAGAACAGAGCCAGUAUUUACAUAUUUUUUAUUUUAUUGUAAAAUACAGGUAAUCGCUUCUGAAGCUUGGAAUUGACUUAAAACAUUAAGCUCUGAAAAUGCGCUAAAUAAGUUUAAAAGUAAAAUAAUGUUUUAAUCCCUUUAAACUAGCUAACCGUUAACUGCGAUUAUUUGACAACGGUCUGUCCAAAGCUGUCCUUUUGGGCUUCCGUAGAAGUUCUCGGGGUUACGAAAGCUCGCGAGAUUCCCUUAUCUCGUGAAGAGCCGGUAGUAACUUUCUACCUUGAUGGCGUCGGUUUUCUGUUAAAGUCUGGCUCAGGCGGAGCCGGUCUGCUUCCCCACAGGCUGCUGUCAUGAGGAAGAGGAGGAAGAGGACGUUGGUCCCCUCGGUCCUGUGACUCCCGUCCGUCUGGAUGGACGAUGUGGUUCUGCACUACCGGCCUGGACCAGCUGUCGGGUUCUCCCGCCUGUUGGAGCAGACAGAGAAGCUCCUGGAGCCUUUUCCCUGCCGGCCUCCCCCCGUCUUCAGCCCCUGGUUCCCCUCCGCCGCGGACCGCCAACUGCCCAUCAGACCGGCCAGACCGGCUCCCCGGAUCUCCCCAGCAGGGGGCGUCCUCACAGAACAGAGAUCUCAAGCAGGAAACCGGGUCGUCUCAGUAGCGGCGCCACCUGAGCACGCAGAAAGGACAGAAGAUGCUCUCUGCAUCUCAGAAACUCCAGACCAUCUCCUCCCAGGUGGACGCGCCACGCCACCGUCGCCUCGACAGCAUCCGGGGUCAGAAAGAGUCGGCUGCCCGCGGCGCCGGUCCUGGAGCGUCUUCACGCAGAGAGGAGUUCUGCUGCAGAGCUCCCAGCGCCUGUCCACACGCUUCCACCGCCUGGUGUCGGUCCACAGGCUCCAGCUCCGCCAGCGGGCCAAGUGGGUGAUCACAGAGCAGAACUGUGGAGACGUGGAGCAGGUGUGGCGCUGCCUGAGCCGCUCCGUCCGCAGCUCCAGGUUGCCCACGUGCAACGCCAACAUCCAGCGGGACCGGGCGGAGAUCUGGGUGUUCUGCGACCUGCUGUACUCGGAGCAGGUGGGACGCCUCCUGAAGGACGAGCUGCAGCUGUCCGGCAGCAUCCAGCUGUCCGUGCACAAGCUGGGAACCAUCUUCAGCAUGUAGGCAGAGUCACCCAGAACCCAUGGAGAGAAGAUCCUAAAGACGACUCUCUGGUUUUUAUGAUGGUUGCUGUGAUUCUACAGUGUCUGCACAGAGCGAUGUGGCCUCCAGGGGGCAGUAUGAGCGACACAGACACUUUAUCUAUGCGUCAUCGCUUCAAUCUGGGCUUAAAGCUGCAGUCGGUCACUUUUGUAAAACUGUAUUUUUUUUACACGUUUGCUAAAACUUUCACUGUUUCCUGACAGUAAAAUACGACACAGAUGAUCUGUGGAAAAAAAAUCGGCUCCUCUGGUUCCUCCCAGUGGACCUGCUGCCAUCUGCAGGAAUCCUCCGCUCCCGGUCAGAAAGAGCCAAUCACAGCCAGGAGCAGUGUCUGCCUCUGAUUGGUUGUCAUUAGUCUCUGCGUACAUGCUGCGCUCCCCUCCCCCGCACGGCGCUGCCGUUUUUAGAGCUUCAGAUCGUCGGCGGGCUGCAGAAACGAGCAGCUUUACAGGAAAAUGGCCGAAUCUGGAGAGGCUUCUGCUCAGGAAACACAAGACGGGUGAACAAGACGACCGAUGAUGGACAGCUUAAACCUGAAAUAAAACGAGGAGCAUGGCUGGAAGGUGUUCUGGUUCACACUUUCAGGCCUAGACCCCCUGCUCAGAGGACCUGCAGUGUUGGUCUGUGGGUUUUGAACCGGGCACUUCUCAGUAAGCCAGUGCUCUGCUCUAAUCACCAGACCACCACUUUAAUUAGCGGGUUUAUCUGCGAUGAGCCUGAAUCAGCAUGAACACGUCUCUCCGCCUGGUUAUUAGGGUUCGGGUCGGUUCUGAACCUCUGAGCUGCACGGACCGGUUUUAGUGAGUUCUGCUGGAACUGAAAGCAGGACCUGAGAUGAAGGUGUGUGAACCGGUUCGGUCAGAUUUCUCGUUACGUGGAGGCAGCUGCGGUUCAGACGUCACCAACCGAUGCCGGAUUCCUGCGAGAGACGGCCUCAGAUCGGACCGGAGCGUGACGUCAGCGAUGGUCUCCCUCACCAAAAGACAAACAUCUCAAGUACAUGUCGUCACGUAUACUUGGUUAUCUUGAAGUAUAUUUCUAAAGUUUCCCAAGUACAGUGAGACAAGUAUACUUUCUAACAAGUGUACUUCUUGGCUCACAUUUAUGUUGGGGCAGGAUAUCCUGAGGGUCUAUUUUCCAAUAAAUGCAUAGUUUAUAAGACAUUUUUCAACCUGUAUGACGCCUAAACUGCUAAUCUAGUUAUCAACUAACAUAAAAGUCUAGGAGGAUGAUGUGGAUGUGAAGAUAAAUGAGAUUUAAAUGGCCAAAAAAUAUUUUUUUCUCUCUACAAAAACAUUUGAUUACAUGCAAAGGUUCUUACAUUUGCUGUAAAGAAGGAAAUAAAGACAAUUAAUUGUAACUACAUCAUCUCGGCUACAUCUGUAGCCAGUUUGGCGUCCACACAACAAGCAAUGGAGAAGUUAUAAAUGAUUAGAUUGAACAAUAUCCAGGCGCACCCCUGUUGUUCUGUGCCGUUUAGCACAAUUUUUUUAAAUUUGGAAUUUAUUCUUGAAACUGAAAACAUGGGAUGCUAUUAUAUAAUUAGUAGAUACUUUUGUAGGGUCUCAGAUGAAGAUCUGGACAUAUAAGUGGAUAUCGGUCUCGGUUAGUCAGCUGCAGGCGCGUUACUGAAUGGGGGCUCGCAAGCUUAAAGUCAUCUUCCGAAUAUGCUGUUAGUUUACGCAUAAUAAACUUUGCCUACUCUUAGUUUGUGAAACUGACGCUGUAACGUAGUGUUUCUCCAUACUGCCUCCUGGGGGGCGCUGCGACUGUUUAGGGGGCAUUACCUUAAAGGUGAAGUUUUCACCAAAGAUGGACAAUAAUACAGUUUAAACUUUAAACUGCUAAGGCAGAGGCAGCAUGGAUUCUUCUUCUUUUCAGUGUUCCUGUCAGCUUCUGGCUCCGUGCUGCCUUCAGGAGAACGGGACGUCAGAGUAUCGUCUAUAAAGUUGAACCCACAUGCCGUUUACUGUGUAAACUCUGGAAAAUGAGCGCUAGUAUCACCCAUGGAAGAGUUUCUUUCUCUUAUAGAGGUUAAAGUCUCUGAGGGAGACGCGGUGAGCGCAUUGUUCUUAUCGCUCUGGCUGCACGUUUACAAGAGAGGUAUAACGUUGUCGGACGUCCCCUGAAAGCAGCGAGACGCACAUGUAAACACUUUUCAAUGCAAUACAGUACGGCUGUACGCACCGUGUGAUCCUGGAGAUUUUACUUUAAUAAAAAUAAAACUGUUUGACUUUUAA